UCUGUUUCGUUGAAGUAGAACUGCUGCAAGGAACGAAGCGCGAUUUUUCGUGCAGCAUCGCUAACACAUUUGUUCACUUGCCAACGCACAGGAAGUCUAGCGCAAUGCAGCUGUCCCGAAAAGAAAGCGUGUACGUCUAUAUACAGUCAUUUGCGAUGUUGAUUACCUGUUACAACAUAUAUUAAAUACAUUGUGUAACAUUACACUGGCCGCGGCUUCAAUCCAAAACUAUAUUAUCACUAAGAUUUUGAAUAACAAAAAAACUUGUAUGGGGAUAUAGGCAGUCUUUUAUGCAACAAAAUAUCAACAAAACUGUCGGCUAUUAUAAGGCAGCAAAACAAAUUUGACAGGUUUAAUAACUUGGAUAGCUAAUUGGUGCGGUGGAUUCACGUUUGAUGUAAAUCAUUAAAGUAUAGUGUCGACUGUCGAGCACUAUAAAAAGGCUUUUUGUGAGCGCUUUAAAUCAGGCUUAAAAUCUAUUACGCAAGUUGUGUAUAUGUAUACAUAUAAUAUCCAUAUACUACGAUCACGAAGAAAGCACUCAGGUUGUCGGACUCUUUUACCACCUGUCUAUAUGCGGUUACCAUUUCUUAAGAACUGAUUAAAUAUGUAUGCAAAUACAUUCUCGUCUGUUCACUGAUAAAACAAACAAAAAUGUAUCCAUCAAACAUAUAUAUAUUCGUUAUGUAUGCAUGGCUCAAAAAUAUAUAACUUCUAAAUCGAUACACAAAUUCAGCUAUGGAAGAAUGAGAGGUUGGAUUUAACAGUUAAGCUAAAAAGAUCCUAAAAUAGAUUGAUACAAUAUCAUGUUGCUGUUUUUUUUCAGCCUUUGUUUGUUGCCAGGUUUUAGUGUACAAGAAAAGACAUCAUUGGAACUGAUGGAAUACCUCUUCAAUGCGAGUAGACAUGACAAGCGAAUUGUUCCCUCUGUUGGACGUGGCCUAAAUGUGCCUGUGAACGUCUCAAUAGGCUUAGCGCUACAACAGAUCGAAAAUUUGGAUGAAAAAAGACAAGUGCUGGUCUCACACGUUGUUCAAACACUGGAGUGGUCUGUUCAGCAACUAACGUGGAAUCCAGCGAAAUACCAUGGAAUUAAGACACUUAAGGUCCCUACGAAAAUGAUUUGGAUGCCAGAUAUUAUUCUCUACAAUAGUUUAAACAUGGACCAAACAGUUGGAAUGCACAGAGGGCAUGCCCUGCUACAUCACACAGGCCAGAUAAUUUACAGAUUUUCUAAAAAAAUAGAAAGUUCGUGCAAAACGAAUGUCGCUAACUACCCCUUCGACAAACAAGAAUGUACUUUCAAAUUCGGAUCCUGGGCUCUUAAUGGUUUCGAGCUUGAUGUAAAAAGCAGGGACAAGGGCGGAGACUUGACAGGGUACACCAAAAGCGGGGAAUGGGAGAUUCUUGAGUUUACAACCAAAUUAAAUAAGAUAGUCUACGGUUGCUGCCCGGAACCUUAUUAUGAUGUCACAUACAACCUCAAAAUCCGUCGCCAGGUCCUCUACUACGCCAUAUAUUUCAUCAUCCCCUGUGCCUUGAUAGCCAUGUUGGCCGCAACCAUUUUUUUGUUGCCACAAGACUGCAGUGAAAGGAUUACUGUCGGAAUGUGUGCUCUGGUUGGACUGUCUUUCUUUUUCCUGCUUGUAUCGGAGAACAUGCCAGCAUCGGAGAGUGUGCCUCUCAUCGGCGGUUAUUAUUCUGUUACCAUGUUGCAAAUGGGGUUUUCAUAUUUCAUGAACGUUCUUGUAUUACGUCUUCAUCACAUGACGGAAGAAGAAGUUCCUUCCUGGGUUCGGAAAUUGCUACUGGGAUACGGUGCUCGUCUACUCGGCAAAAAGUUCUAUACUAAAAACAGUUCAGAAACUGAUGAAAAACAAAAUCCCGAUCCAGCAAAAGAUGCCAAAGACACGUUUGUAAUGAAAGUGAUAGGCAAGAAAGAAUAUUGCAGAGAAGUUCUACAAGAGGACAACAAAAUAGCUCAAGUAGUGAAAGAGGAGCAUGAAGUGAAUAAGAGGGAUGUGGAGUGGAAACAAGCAGCAGCUGUCCUGAACGACUUGGGCCUAAUACUUCAUAUUAUAGUCGUACUGCUGACUUUUAUGGCCAUGUUCUUUGAAGUAUUGUUUAUAGCUAAUUCGUAAAGCACAUUUGCAGACAUUAAAUUCACCAUUUUCAAUAAAAGGAUAUAACAUCCCAUAGCAUGCACAAUGUACAUGACGUUACUUGGUUUUGAAUACACGCUGAUUCAUUAUGACACAAUAAAUUAUUUACCAUAUUAAAUGUC